AUGCCGUUUUCCCAUCUCUCUGACUUUGCCAAUCGCAGGUAUCUGGUGUUUGCAGCGGUGGAGGAGCAGCUCACCAACGCCAAGAUCCAUGUCAUUGAGGCCGCACGGGUGGCCAGAGAGACCAACCGCAUCCUCGUGCUGCCCAAGGGGUCCCACAGCCAUCUGUCGCUGGGUCGAUCCAUGCCCAUGUGUGCCUACUGCGACUUGGCUUAUCUCAACGCCACCGAGUGGGUCUCCCCCGAGUUCUUCCUUCUCCUCGCCCGGGCUGCCUUCGUCAAACCCACUGUCAGCUACCUCUGCGUUGACACUCCCGAGCUCGGCAGACCCUGCUUCGGCACAAGAAGCACAGGGACGUGGUGGUGGUAUACGCCAAGAACACAUUCGAGCAUUGAGGCGCCUCAAAACUCUACCCCCCUCUCCGGGAAGCACAGGGACGUGGUGGUGGUGGUAUACGCCAAGAACACAUACAAGCGUUCUGUUUGCAAGACGGGCGACAAGGAGCAUGCACUGCUGCCGUCUGCCCACGAGUGGCCUGGUCUCUCGUCUCUUGAGGCGCCUCAAAAGUUGAAGCACAGGGAUGUGGUGAUAUACGCCAAGAACACAUAUGAGCGUUUCGAUCGGGAAACAGACGACAUGGCGCAUGUGUUGCUGCCGUACGCCCGAGAGUGGCACCUCGCUGCCAAGCGCAUCGUGGCCCGCCUUCCGAAACCCUUCAUCGGCGUCCAUUAUCGCUCCGAGUUCAUCGCCUUCCGACUGGUAUGCUGCCCCUUCUUUGCUGCUGAGGCUUUGAGCGUUAGACGGGCGACAUGA